CUAUGGUUUAUCAGUUUAUUGCAGCCAAAGGUAAAGGCAAGGUCGUCGUUGUCAACGAAUAGAAAAGUGAACGAAUUCAAUAUUUACAUAAUUUUGUUCUUUAUUUAUUAGAUCUACUAUACCCUGAUACAAUAAUUGUUACACUAAUACUAUUUUGUAAUUUUAUACGAACUGUAUUUUGCUUUAAAAUAUUCCGAAAUUGAACAACAGCAAUGGCCCGCAAUAUUAAGGACAAUAAUAAUAUUGAUCCGGCUACUUUAUUGUCUAAUGUGAAAAGUACAAUUAAAAAGGAUGUAAUAAAGGAACUAUUAGAAAACCACUUCCAAGAAAGUAAAACCAAGAUUGCCCCACAUGCUCUUAUGUUGUUGGCAGAUGUGGCCAAAUGUCUGGUCACCGAGACAUGCCUGCGUGCAGUCAAACAAGCACAGAGAGAGGGUUCUAACAAAGUUGAUGUAGAACAUAUUGAGAAAUGUUUACCCCAGCUGGUAAUUAUAGACCAAAAUUUUUCUCCUCUUUUCUCUGUACAGAUGGCUCAACCAAUGUCCCGAGUAGGAAAUAGAAUGUAAUAUAUUGUUUUCUCCCACAACAUUUUAAAGUUGCUUUUUUUUAAUAUGAAGAGAUUAUUCAGCAUACUUGCUAUAUUUAUUUAUGUCUUUAGUUGUACACAAACUUGGUAUAUUGGAAAAAAUCUGGAAAACAGACAAUGGUUUCUAGCAAUACUACAAUACAACACAUUCAAUCAAAUGAUAAUAAUUGUUUUUCCUGUAUAUCAACCAACUCAAAUUAAAAACAUUGUGAUGCAGGAGCUACUGCCACCAAACCUUAGGUUUGCUAAAAUGUCAGGUUUUUAAACAAGUGUUAAUGCUCACUUUAGUAUUUUUUCUUUGUUGUAAAUUUUAUUAUUUCCGCUUCCUCUUGUAGUCUAAUGUUACAUAUUAAAAUUAUUAACCCAUAAUUGCAGAUGCUGGACUUCCCUUAAAUUAAUAAAGAUGCUACAAAUGGAA